AUAUGUUCGACAUUGUUAAAUUUUUCAUUAAAUCGCAAUUUUAUUUUAUAUUUUAUUUAAAAAGGUAUAUGAUCCAAAUUUCUUAAUGCUGACGUAUUUCACGUUUAUUCACUUCACCGUUCCAGGAAUAUUUAAAUUGUUUAGAACAAAAAGACCUGUUUUAAAUGUUUCCAACAAAUUCUCAAGAAUUAGGUUCAAGGUACCAUAUUCACAAAAGCCUUCACCAAAUAGUUGAAGAACUUACAACACCUGGAAAAAUAUUGAUACAGUUUAAUGGAUGGAGAAAUGUUUGUCAAACCUUGGAUUACAUAUUUGGUCAUUGCUAUGACAUUUUUGAUGAGCUGUCUGGUAUAUCAUUAGAAUUUGAAGGACUUAGUCAAGUUGUUGGAUAUGUUUAUUCGGCUGAAAAUCUCAAGAAAAAAGCUCUUCUCGGAGGGACAAUAAUAACCACCACUUCCUUCUAUACAUUAGACAAUGAAAGAAAUGGGGAGCUGCUAGAAGGUUUAGAUGACUUGGAUCGGAACCUUAAAAAAAUGAAGGUUUGGGGCUGUGAUUUUGUAAUACUACAAAUAAAGUUGAAAUGUUACAAACCUUUUGGAGCGAGGCGGGUCCCGUUUGACAAUUCAGAGUAUUUUGGAAUAUUCUCAGCAACUACUCAAGCUCUAGGAAUGGUUCCAAUCAUUCAAUUCCAAUAUGAUAUAUUGGAAAGCGGUGAAGAAGCCUGCUCGAGUGCCUUUGUCGAUACAAUGUACACAAUUAAUCACUCACUUUUUGAUUUUGAUGUGGACAUCAGCUGCCUACUUUUCAGCCCUUUGAUAAAUUAUUCUCUGAAGGCAGUAAAAGAUCAUGUCAUGGAGAGAGCUGAAACUCUGAUUAAUUCCUUGAAACAAGCGCUGCCUCCUGCAGUCGGUGGUGUUGUUUUUGCUUCGCAGGGCAGUUAUAAAGCUCUUGGUUUACAAAUUGACCAAUUAGCAAAGAUCAUCAGUAGGGUUCCUUGGCCCAUUAUUUGCUGUUACGGGUGGAAAAUCUCUACUGUCCUAGACUCAGAUACGGAAAAUUUAGUACUUGAAAAAUGGGUACAAAAGCAAAGAAUGAUUAUAAAGAUGCUGUUGCAAGCCUCAGCAGGUAAACUUGUCUCAUGGCAAGGCAAAGUUACCGUUGAUAUACCGGAUUACAUAUCGUCUCAUGACUACUACGACAAGGAUUAUGUAGAAGCAAUAAUGAUAGAUCCUCCUGAAUAGUGUAUAUUACAUUAUGCCAUUGAGAUUAAAAUAAAUUUAAAUCUACC